CCCUCCUUCACCAAGGCCUGGGGAUUGUGGGCCCUCUUAGGGGCUGUGAUGCUGCUGCUUCUCAUCUCGAUGGCUGCACACUUGUCCCGAUUCCGUAGUGGCUGGAGGAGGAACCACCCAGGAAAGGAACAUUCUGGAGGGUCUGUGGAAGAGGUCCCCCUGUAUGGGAACCUGCAUUAUCUGAAGACAGGACGACUGUCUCAAGAACCAGGGCCAGACCAGCAGGAUCCAACACUUGGAGGCCCCACCAGGGCUGCAGAGGAGGCGAUGUGCUAUACCAGCCUGCAGCUGCGGCCUCCCCAGGGCCGCAUCCUGAGCCCUGGAACCCCCAUCAAAUACUCAGAGGUGGUGCUGGACUCUGAGCCGAAGCCCCAGGCCUCGGGCCCGGAGCCGGAGCUCUAUGCCUCCGUGUGUGCCCAGACCCGCAGAGCCCGGGCUUCCUUCCCAGACCAGGCCUACGCCAACAGCCAGACUGCACCCAGCUGAGAUGGAGGGCCUGGCAUCGCCCCGGCUUCCUCUGUUGCAGGGGUUACUGCUCCCCUGUUCGGGUCGUGACUAUUUCCCAACAAACCCCCAAAGACAGUCAGCCAUUACCGGGUCACAGGAGGCGAUGUUCCCCAAACCUCCUGUCUGACCCGAGGGAGAUAUCUCAGGGGAAAAGCAGGCCCCCCGUUUCUUGAGGAUGGAGAAAGCAGAGGCUGUGGCCCCCUCCUCGCUUCCUCCUCCUUCCGGAGUUUUACCAGGUCCUCCCCACUAUUGCUCUCAUACAGUGUACCCCUGACACCUCAGUGUCUCCUCCGACACAGGAAGU